UGAACAAUAUAUUCCAACACAUGCAAGUGGAUCCUAGGCUAACAGCCUGGGUCAAAACUUCUCUCACUAACUUCUGCUGUUGUCCAGAUGAGAAGUCAUACCUCCAGACUAGUCAAGAAAUCAAUCCUAGCAAUGGACAACAAUGGCUUCUUGAAAAUUUGAAUAGUGCUGAGUGAAGCCCAACACUUGAUCAGUUACUCAGUGCUUACUGUGUCUGAACGACAAGUGGCAACAAGUCAUCCCAGUCUGUAAAGCCUUCGAAGACUGCAGAGCCUUGACAUGAAAAACACCAAUUAUUAGCCGUCUCCGAACCCAAACGGAAUGAUGAAUCAAAAGUUGCCUCCGAUUCUAAACACAAGAGUCAUCUCAAGACAAAGGGUUCAAGAUGUGAUAAUCCAAAGAAAGAUGGAGCUGAUUCUGUUGAAGAGUUCACACUUGCAAGGUCCUCUCAAAACUACAAAACUAGGAAAGAUCUUGUCUACAAGGCUGCGUUAAGAAGGAUGAGGAAAUAUUUCAUCCAAGAUUUCAAAGAGGCCACCAAGCAUUCUCUUCCAGAGACUGACUACCCAUCGAGACUCAGAGAGUACUGUGCUGCAAAGUUCCCAGAAAGCAACACUGACAGAGCCCUGGUAGUGUUUGACUGCAUCAUCAACUCCAAAGGUAAACUCGGAGCCAUACCCAGCGAGGACAGAGACCUCAAGAAUCUGACUGAGAAGCUGAUGUACUUUUACUCUGAGAAAAUGUUCAAAAGGAUGAGGACCCACCCAGAGUUCUUGGAGGCUCUGCUACACUUCCUUAGCAUUGAGGGAGUAAGCAACCUGAUCUACUCGGACAACAGAGUGUCCUUCCAGAGGAAAGUGAAGACCCACUUGCACAAACUCAAAGAGAGGACUCUCAGGAUGCUUCCGUCUGCCUCAGAAUAAUCUUAAUUUGUAAAACUAAUUUGGAUCUAACA